AUGGUUUGGUGAAGUCAAACCAGCAGCAUUCUUCUUUUCAUGUGCAGCUGAAGCAAAGUUCUAAUUAGACAAGUACAUAUUGGAGAAAUCCAUCCCUGCUGACAGAGAUGGAAGACACAUGCGCCAACAAUUGUGUCACCAAAUCGCCAACUCCUCGCCCAUACGUGGUCAUGUUUUCAUAAAGUCUCACAUUAUGUUUCUUUUUAUCUUAGUAAAGGGGUUGACACGAUCAACAGUAGUGUGCCUGUAGAGGUUAAAGUUAUUCCUGUUGUUGCAGUUUUCCCGUUAUCUGUUGCUGCUACUGAAGGUAAUGCAUUGAUAUAUCUCUUAGGAUCUAUAAGCAAGAUUGCAAGGGUGCGUACCAUAGAUAUCUUAUAUACACUAGAUAGCGCAUUUCUUUUAGUAAAAUUGAAGCCAAGAAUAUUCCAGCGGUUACCCCUAUUUGAAUAGAUGCCGACCAUGUUGGAGUACGUUUCCCACUCGCCCAUAAACGGUUAAAAAACAACAAUAACUUUCAUCAUUUGGAUAGUUUGAAAACGUAUUUGGAAUAGGUUUAACUUAAUGUUUAAGUUCCCUUUUUAAGAAAUAGAAAACAUAGGAGUCUUCCCAUUUCAUGGGAAUAUCCUGAGUCUGCGAUCACGGCUUCCAUUUUUGAAUAAUUAGAUGCAGUAUCUAGUGUAUAUAAGAUAUCUAUGGUGCGUACGCACAGUCGAGGUGUGGUAAUGGAGGAUAGAAUGAAACAAUGGUAACCAGACAUUUAAAUUUUACAGCGUGUAUUCAAAAAUGUUCGCUAAACUGCAAAUUCCGCAAAAUUUGUGAAAACUUAAUGCAAGUAUGGGUAGCUUGGGGUCUGCUGUUAUCUUUACCACUAAAGUAUUUUAAAAAAUAAGAUUUGGAAGCUUUUAUUGAACACCACUGUAAAAAUGGAUUGCGCACAAAAAUGAAAGUCUUAAAAUGCAACUUGAUUUCGGAGGGUGCAAAUCUAUAAGGUGUUUUAUGAUGUAUCAAAGUACUAUGGACAAUUUGAUGUACGCAACGUCCUACACUCGACCUCUGAAACGUCGACUUUUUUUUCCUUAUUAACUGAAUGAUUUACAUAUCUUUGCAAAAGUUCAAAAUUAUGGCAAGAAAGUCCCGGUAGAAGUUGUGCGUUGACUUAUUUUUUUAAUUCAUAAAAUAGUCCCAUAAAUUUAAAUUGCGUUUUAAGCCUUCUAUUUUUGUGCACGCAUGCCAUUUUUAAUGGGUUUUUUUAAAAACAACCGUGCUGGACUAAAAAAUUCACUUUUCAAAGUAAUUUUGGCGUUAAAGAUACUAGAAGACCCCAAACUAUACCCAUUCUUGCAUAAAGUUUUCACAAAUGUUGCGGAAUUUUCAGUUUUUCUACAAAUCCUGCACUCCACCCUGUCUUCGGGAUACCCUUUCUUAUUGGUUAAUUCGUCCAAAAACUUUGACUACCUAAUUUCUUACAUUUUUUCCCAAUUAUUUUCCAUUCAGGUAAUACAAUAACCUUAACUUGUGAGGUUUCUGUUGGCAAUGAGGGAUUUAUCGAAAUUUUGUGGUACAACUCCAAACAGGCUGGUGUUGUUAGUCAAACUCGACAACUAAGUUUGUCUAAUAUUGAACUGUCUGAUGGUGAUCAGAGUUACAAGGCAGAAUAUUGGUGUUUGGCUAAGAACUCGGACGGUACCGGACGAAGUCAGAACGUUCCAGUGUAUAUAUUAUCAUCAGGUAAGACUGUCUUGCUAUGCUUUUUGUUAUGUUUACCUAUAUUUAUGAAAUAUUGGUAUUGGUUGGUUUUAACAAGCAUCAUAUAAUAACUACAGUGAAACACGUAGUUUGAUUGGUCAAUAGCCGUACGGUACAGGUUUAGACUAGCCUGCAAAAGGAAUUAAAAUGCCUUCGCGGGAUUUUCGCGGGAUUCUAAAAACGUCAUUGUUUCAGUCACUGUAGUUAUUUUACGCUUUCCGAAAGUCUCGCGAUAUCCCUCGUGUAUGGAUCACGCAAUCCUGCACGAAAAACUAUUCGGUACUCUAUUAUUACGGGACAGGAGAUGUUGGUCAACUUGAGAAAUGUUGACAUCUUAUAGGAGCAAAUUCGACUGCGUCUUCCAAUUCUAUUUAUUUGCCACCAAAUACAAGACCGCUACAUAUCAUGAAAUAAUUAAGAAUAUUUAACCACUCCGAUAACUGCCGGAUGACAUCUGCUGCACGAUAGUAUGUACUUCGUAAAACCCACCUUCAUCAUUCAUUGACUGGCGUCUUUUUAUUUAUUGUUCUUUUUAGAUUUUAAUGAGUUUUGCUUCGAAGAUUAUGACAGUGGUUAUACUUGGGAAGAGACACCAGUUGGCACCUCCGUGAUUAAACAUUGUCCUAGUGGAACAAUAGGUACGGUUUGUUACUCUUUGUGUUUGGCUCUUCUGAUUAACUACAAUAAAGUAACUGUAAUUGUGUUAGAUAGCUCUGUCAGUUAAAGAAAUUUUACCAAGUUCCAGCAAGGAAUACUACUUAUUGGACUAGUAUUACUAUUGGAGGAAACUUGAACUUAAAACUAACUUAAACUGCAUGAGUGUUCUUCCAGGAGGAAACUGGAGUACUGUUUCGUAACGUUUGGCUAAGACUCCUCUUGUGAAUAAGGUGAAAUCAUAUGAGAAAACUGAAUAUUGCAGAAACAUAGCCUUGAUCACAGGGAGGACUGGACUAACACUCACAGAGAGGACACAUGAACUACCCUCUGAUAAAAAAUUCGUUUACAGGAACUGUGACGCGACUCUGUAACAGUAAUGAUGGUCAGUCUGUCUGGGGAGAUUUGAGUUUCUCCAACUGUAGAAGCUCUGUUGUUAUCGAACUUGUUGAUAAGGUGAUUGUCAAACUUGUCACUCUAAUCCAUCUAACUGUACGUUCCUUCAAUUGAAAUUGUAUAAACUAAUCUAUCUUGGUUAAUUUGUGAAUGCACUACCUGAAGAAGAUUAAAAACAACUUAAUCUUUUUACAGAUCUUUAGAUUGGACGAAGGGUUUGAAUCGGGGAAUAUCAGUGAGAUCUUGCGCGAAACUGAAAAAGUUUCAGAAGACGAUGAACUUUAUGAAAAAGAUAUUGAAGACAUUGUGUACGUUUUGGAAAAGACAGAGCAGAAAACGAAAACCCAAACUGAUCGUCAAAGUUUUAUUCGUUCAUCAAGUAAUAUAGUGAGUCAGAAGAAAAGGAAUGUAUGGAAAAAUAUACCGGUAAGAUACAAACGAAAAGCAGCUUGUCAUAGUAAUUUGGAAUACCUAGUUGUGUUUUGAAAUAUUAAUGAGUUUUGGAAAUACAUAUUGACAACUAUGAUGAAGUGACUCAACCAUAACUGUUUUUGUUUUCCAGUCUAGAAAUAAUUUAGUGAAGCAGAUUAUAAGUGGCACAGAUUUAAAUGCACGGAACUACAUUUCAGAAAGUGCGGAAAUAGGAAAAGUCGUCUCAUAUAGUACACCCAACAUAGCCGUUCAUGGAAUACGUCUACCAACAGCAAAACCCACCAACCCAGGAGAUGUCAGCUUGAUGGACACAGGAGGACAGGGUGUGAUUAUCUCUGAUGUUGUAACCAAUGAAUUAAAGCAAGCAACCGUAGUGCAGUACAGUUCAAUCAAGGAUAUUUUUUCUGAAGAAGAGUUGAAAGAAUCCGUGGAUAAUACUAUUGGAUCGACGGAAUCGUUGACAAUCAGAAGUACUAUUGUAUCUUUCACAAUCGAACCACCGCUUAAGAAUAAGUCAGUGUCUAAACCUUUCAAGAUUGUACUUCAGAAUAAUCAGGUAUGGAAUACAUGUGGUUUGCUGGACGGUUAGAUGAGAAAAUUAAUGCUUUAGGCUAACUUUGGUUUGACUGCGUCCCUCUACUGGUAUAACUAAAAAUUAAGGAAGGGAUAUCCCUUAUAGGUCAUGUGUUACUGCAGGGCAAACCGAAAAUAAACAAACUAUACUGGAUGGCUCUAUCAGUUCGAAUAGUUUGUUGGUCCAGUGUUUCUUCUGGGGGAUACCGGAGUACCCAGAGAAAAUCUGAUAGUGAUAGAGUCAAACCAGAAGUACUCUUCUUACAUGCAGCUGCGAUGAAUUUAUAAUCAGACAACUCGAAAUCAAACCCUGGGCACAAAAGGUAAGGGGUACACGUAAUAACUAUUCACCGUGUCGUCGAAAUACUAUAUUACUCCCAUACCUGAGGUAAAUAUAUUGAUGCACUUAUACGUAUUUUCCUUAGACUGGUUAUGAAGACUCAAGACGAACGUGUGUGUUCAUUGAACCUGAAAUAAACAGCAGUAUAUGGAGCAGUAAAGGAUGUACAUUGAAUGAAGCUGAAUCAAGUAAGAAAAAUGUUGUCUGUGAUUGUGAUCAUAACACUGCUUUUGCUGUCAUGAUGGAUGUUGCGGAUGUGCAGGUAAGAUUUUAAUUAUAAGUCAUUUCAGUUUACUGUAAGUGGAACAUUACACCGGUAGGAGAUCAGCAGGUUGACCGUUACCGCUGAGUCGAUUAUGCUACUGUAGAGGGUUUAUGUUAAAGAGAACUUCUUUUGUUUUGUAAAAAUAUAGUCUUUUUUAGAAAAGGAGAAAUAAUAUUUCCACCUUUUAGCCUAAUGCGAAAUUUGUUCGGAAAUUGCAUUCAUUUGUUUGAACUACCGGGAUAGCAAGGGACAUUUGUAGCUAUAAGUGGAUGCCCAUGUAAACCCGUGGCCCAGCUAGCCAGGGUGAAUCGUGUCACGAAAAAUACAUUUCGAAUAAACUUUGUACUGUUAUUGGAAUCAAGCUGAACUAAGUGGACUUUGAACGUCAUUUUGGAAACUUAUCAAAGCCGUGAUAGGAGCUUUAACUAUGAUAAUCUAUCCAUCUAUGUAAUAAAAAAAUCUAUCGACCAUGGUACAACCUCUUGUUAAUAUUAUAAAUCUCUCUUUAUCCAAAGGGGUCUUUCCAAGUAAACGAAAGAUCUCUAAAAUUAUACCAUUUUUUAAAACUGGAAAUCAAAAUUUCUUUACAAACUAUAGACCUAUAUCACUCCUGACAAACUUUUCAAAGUUAUUUGAAAAAGUUAUGCAAAUCAGGUUAACAUUAUUCAUUGAGCAAUGUAAAAUCUUGUAUAGAUUUCAGUUUGAUUUUCGCAGUAACCAUUCUAUUAUGGAUUCACUUGUUUCUCUAAUACUAAUAACCAUGCCACGGCCAUUGAUCGGAACCAGAUAGCUGCUGGAGUGUUUAUUGAUCUUUUAAAGGCUUUUGAUACUUUAGAUCAUGGAAUAUUGUUUACUAAAUUACAACAUUAUGUUAUAAGAGGCGUUGCACUUCAAUGGAUCAAGAGCUAUUUCUGCAAUCGUGAACAAUUUGUUCAAUAUAAUGAAACCUGUUCCUCCAUGGAAAAAUUAAAAUGUGGAGUUCCGCAAGGUUCUAUUUUAGGCCCAUUAUUUUUUAUUUUAUAUUUCAAUGAUCUACCGAAUGGAUUAGAACUGUCAAAAUCUUAUCUUUUUGCUGAUGACACUAGUAUAUAUUAUUCAAAUUCGGAUAUCAAGCAGCUUGAAUUUGUUUUGAACAGUGAACUUCGAAAGCUGGAUAUCUGGAUGAAGUCAAAUAAAUUGUCUGUGAACAUCAGUAAAACAAAUUACAUCAUUUUUCGGCCGAGACAAAAAAAAAUAAAUUUAAAUCUAGUUAUUGAAUAUUACAAUCAAAUGAUCACCCAAAAACAAUAUUUUUAGGAAAACACACAAAAUUUUUAGGAGUAUAUAUAGACGAACAUUUUGGGAUCAGUGAGAUGACCACCCAUACACCAUGUGCCCGUGAUAUUUGAUAAACUUUAGACUUCGCUAGCGAAUGACGAGACAGACGGCUCCAGGUUCGCAGCUCCAGGUUCGCGAACCUGGAGCCAGCUCCAGGUUCGAUUUCAAGCUGGAGCUAGAACGACUAGUUUGUAAAUAAACUGCUUUGGCCGCUUAACCACUAUUGGAAAUCCAAUUUUUUUGAAAGACCAUUUUUACUUGUCAUAUUCCUUAGUACGUGAGGGAAAAUGAAGACAUUAUUCCGUUCCGUUCGUCCAUGGUAGCUUGUGAAAGAUCACUGUUUUUUCUGAGAAAGGGGCUGGUCAGCGGUGGGAUAGAUCGCAAAGCUCGUUUAAAACCUUAUUUUUUUACCUUUAUAACGAAAAACGUAAAGUUUUGAUUGAUGACCAUUCUAGAGUAUGUAUUCAAAAGUAAUUUCAAGCGGCUAACUUAUUUCCACAUCGCGAAACCGCGAUAAAUAACUCGCGCACAAUUGAACUGUCUAAUUUCACGCACCGCCCGGUUGUGUUAAUUUUAUCCUUCCGUGAAUAUAACAACUUUGGUAUGCGUAAAUUUACGCCCUAGAGGAAUAAGAUAUUGAUAUGUUAAUGACAUAAUAUCAUUUGUUGCGCUUUUCUGAAGAACUAACGAUAUAAACAUAUUUAAUUUCCGAAACACACAACGCAAACAAGAUCGCUAAAGAUGGUGUUAUUAUGCGGCUCAAGUCGCCGAAAGGCCAUAACAUGUCAAAUACGUCUAGCAUCAGCUAAAUUGCUUCGCAAAUUUCUUGCUAAUUUUGCCAUGCAACGAUUUUUUAAAAGAUAACCCUUCUAGACUAAUAUUCAUACUAUCAUAUUUUACAGCAUUUGAGGAUUUAGGAUAUAUAUCCAUCAUGAGCAACUCAUGAGAACACUAGCAUCGUUACGGACAUAAGAAAUCAACUUUCAAGAGAUAUGAAAUAUUCACGUAAACAAUAAUGCAAGCCCUCUGGCACGUGCCGGACAUUUGAUAAUCUCAGGGGAAAUUAAAACCGUAUUAACUAUAAUGUCGACAUGUAAAUGCAUGCUAUCUAAUGGGGACAGGGAAGGAGUUUAAUUAAAAGCCACCAGUAUCUUAAUAAAAAAGACAUAGCUGUAUUUGAAAAGAUAUUGAAACAUGAUUCAAUAAAGCCUGAAAAACAUUCCAUGCACCUUCUUUAUUCCCUGGUAUUUCUUCUCAGCUGCCCAAAACGUCCAAAACGGAGAGGUCGUGCAGUUGCAUAAAUUGUUUCGUUUUGUUCAUUUCUGUAUCCGUCCGAAAAUGAAAAUACACUCAUCACAAUACACCAGGAAAAUACUUACGGUCCAACGCGCCACAAGACAAAGCUCUAUAAUGACAUGUAUUUACGUUGGCAUGUUUAAAAUUAGAUAAAAAAAACGCUAUAAAAUAUCAAAAGUAUAUAAAAAGGCAUUAUAUAUGCCUUCUAAAGAAAUUUAUAAGCCUUCAUAACAAUGAAUUUAAAAUUGUGCUAGCUAGUAUCAUUUUAUUAAUAAAUUAAAUUAAAUCAAAUAUACAAUACUGCACAAAAUGUAUACAGUUUGUGUACAGUAUGUAGUUUAUGCAAAGGGUUUAUGCAAUAUUUAUUAACUUAUACGGGCAAAACCAAUGUUUUUUGCUCGUGUAUUAAAAAGAUAUAGCGCAUGUAAACCAAGUUACGUAACUAUGAUGUGCGCCCACAUUCUCAAGGAGGGGUGUGUUUUAAGCCUUCCUUCAUAAUCAGCGCAACUUUAAUACGCAUGCUUAUAAAACUAUUUUAUCUUUGUGAAAAAGCGACGUUUUCUGCUUAUGUAUUGAAAAAAUACAAGGCAAUUGCCAACUAUUACACUCCUUCCUUGGCAUUAUAGUUAAUACGGUUUUCACCUGAGAUUAUCAAAUGUCCGGCACGUGCCAGAGGACUUGCAUUAUUGUUUACGUUUAAUAUUUCAUAUCUCUUGAAAGUUGAUUUCUUAUGUCCGUAACGAUGCUAGUGUUCUCAUGCAUGAGUUGCUCAUGGUGGAUAUAUACCCUAAAGCCUCAAAUGCUGUAAAAUAUGAUAGUAUGAAUAUUAGUCUAGAAGGGCCAUCUUUUAAAAAAAUCGUUGCAGGGCGAAAUUAGCAAGAAAUUUGCGAAGCAAUUUAGACGAUACUAGACGUAUUUGACAUGUUAUGGCCUUUCGGCGACUUGAGCCGCAUAAUAACACCAUCUUUAGCGAUUUUGUUUGCGUUGUGUGUUUCGGAAAUUAAAUAUGUUUAUAUCGUUAGUUCUUCAGAAAAGCGCAACAAAUGAUAUUAUGUCAUUAACAUAUCAAUAUCUUACUCCUCUAGAGCGUAAAUUUACGCAUACCAAAGUUGUUGUAUUCACGGAAGGAUAGAAUUAUCACAACCGGGCGGUGCGUGAAAUUAGACAGUUCAACUUUGCGCGAGUUAUUUAUCGCGAAUUCUCGAUGUGGAUAUAAGUUAACCGCUUGAAAUUACUUUUGAAUACAUACUCUAGAAUGGUCAUCAAUCAAAAUUUCAAGUUUUUCGUUAUAAAGGUAAAAAGAUAAUGUUUUAAACGAGCUUUGCGAUUUAUCUCACAGCUGACCAGCCCCUUUCUCAGAAAAAACAGUGAUCUUUCACAAGCUACCAUGGACGAACGGAACGGAAGUAGCAGUUUAUUUACAAACUAGUCGUUCCAGCUCCAGCUUGAAAUCGAACCUGGAGCUGGCUCCAGGUUCGCGAACCUGGAGCCGUCUGUCUCGUCAUUCGCUGGUGCGUUCCUUUCCCCGGGUGUAAAUAGCCGGACGGUGCUCCGCGUCGUUGACUCGGGAACAAACUCACACAGCGACAUGGCAAACUUUGUUUGGGGACCGGAAUAGUAUAAAUUUUAGAACGGUAUCGAAUCAUCAUCCUAUCUCAAACUGUACACAAUAUUUUAUAAGAAUUUUCCUUACUUUUUCAGCUAACAGAGUCUGAACGUAAAAUAUUAGAGACGAUUUCUACCAUUGGAUGUUCAAUAUCGUUGGUCGGCAUCACCUUGACCGUUCUUCUGCAUGUUUGUUUCUGGAAACAUUUCAAGUCACCUCGUGUCAAAGUUUUGCUCAGUUUGUGUGUUGCCAUUGGAUUCACUGAUAUCUUUGCUAUACUUGAGGGUGUUGCCAGAGACAGUUCGGUAAGCUUCCUUGGCAAAAACUUUUUACUAUGAGAUAUUGAUAGAUUAUAGUGCAGGGUGCGAUAAUUUGCGUACUUACGUACGUACUUACGAAGGUACGCCAAUAUUACGGUCUGGUACUUCUGUCUUUCCAGUCACGUACCAUGUAGGUUUGCGGCACUCUUGUUAUCUGCGCACUUAACUUUUUGCUUUCGACCUUUCCAAGUUCAAGAUAUUCAAAACCAUAAUUUAGUCGGAAUAUGUGCAAGUCUGGCAUGACUUUGCAUUAAACAUGAUUGGACUGAUAUGAUGAGAUAGGACUGAGGAAUGUUUAACUACAACGGCCGGGGAACGAAGUGUUUCUCAAUAAUGAAACAUAUAUUCUAUCAAGUUUAUGGCAGGGAAACGGUGGGAAACGCGCCUUUCGUGUUCGCCUGUCGAGUCGAAGCCUUCUCAACCUUUUAAUUCUGAUGUGUGGAGACAUAGAGUCUUGCCCUGGGCCACAAGCAGAUGAGGUAUGUAUGUAAAACUUAUUUAAAUUAAUGACGCUAGCCUUGUCAACAGCAAUAGUUGAUUUCCACAAGGGGCGUCACUAGCACAAGAAAAAGAUAUUUACAAAGAAGGGAAAAAAAUGUAUAGCUAUUUACAAAAGAUUUAUAAAGGAGAUUGAAUUAUAUUGGUGUGACCCG